CGAAUAUAAAAGCACAGGGACAAGAGGCGUCGCACCAAUAAACCCUGAGAAGAAGAUGGAAGGCUCCGUCAAAGAAUCAGGUUACUACGAAGGCGAACGUCUAACUCAUCUUCUCGCCUUAGUUCAAAGAGGAAUUGAGACGUCCAAGCCUUCGAAUGUGAACUCAUUGCCUGAGAAGCUAUGGCUCAAGAAACAAAUAGCGAUUGGGAUCAACGAAGUGACGCGUGUUCUGGAGAGGAUGAAACCAAACCCUACCGACACUAGACAACCUCCUGUUCAACUUCAGGUAGUGAUAGUAGUAGCAGAUUGUAAACCGAGGAUGCUAACCAAACAUAUACCCAACUUAGCUGCUUCACGGAACGUCCCUGUUCUCUAUAUCAGAGACCACAAACGAGCCUCCCUCAGAUUAGGGGAAUUGGUUAAGCUCAAGACAGCUCUAGCUAUUGGGGUCAAGGCCAGAGGAAACGAUCUCAACCUAUUACUACAACAGAUUCUUACAAGAGAUGAUACUUCUUGAUCUGGUUUUUGUUGUGUCUUUUUCUCUGUGUUUGUUAUUUACAUUAUAAAUAAGGUUGACAAACAAAUUUAUAGAUCCACAGUUUUGGUCCGUCUAUCCAAAAAAGAUUUGCUA